CUACCUUUUUUGUUUCUCUAUUUCUCUUCUCUUCUCUUCCGUUUUUUUUUCUUUCCCACUCUUCCAGAAUACUUAUACCUCUUUCCCCUUUUUAAAGAAUAAAAUAAAGAGGCAAACGUUUAUUUGAAUUAGACACUACACUAUACACUAGAAAGAUGAGCGACGACCUGAUUGAAUUGACGAAUAAGCUCCAGACUGUGGCCUCAUCAAUUAGCGCCCAUGGCACACUCGACCUUCCUCAAAUCGUAGUUGUCGGGUCACAAUCGUCCGGAAAAUCAUCCGUACUAGAGACGAUCGUCCAACGUGAUUUCUUACCACGGGGUAGCGGGAUCGUAACGCGCAGACCAUUAGUUCUACAACUUAUUACAUCAAAGCAGGCUGAUGCACCUGACUAUGGAGAGUUUUUGCACACUCAGGACAAAAAGUUUUAUGACUUUGGAGAGAUUAGAGAAGAGAUUGAGCGCGAGACGAGUCGAAUUGCAGGAGGAAACAAAGGCAUUUCACGCAUGCCAAUCCAUCUACGCAUUUACUCUCCCCGUGUACUGACUUUGACCCUGGUGGAUCUUCCGGGUAUGACAAAGAUCCCUAUUGGGGACCAGCCUUCAGAUAUUGAAAAGCAAAUUAGAGACCUUAUUAUGGACUAUAUUUCAAAACCAAACAGUAUCAUCCUGGCUGUAACUCCUGCAAAUAGUGAUUUGGUCAAUUCGGAUAGUUUAAAGAUCGCUAGACAAGUAGAUCCAGAGGGUAAACGAACCGUUGGUGUACUCACUAAACUAGACCUUAUGGAUGCCGGAACGAACGCACUCGAUAUUCUCACUGGAAGAUCCUAUCCUCUCAAGCUUGGAUUUGUAGGUGUUGUCAACAGAAGCCAGCAGGACAUCUUGACCAACAAGCCAAUGAAAGACGCACUCAAGUCUGAAAACCUGUUCUUUCAACAACACUCUGCAUACCGGAACAUUUACGCACGAUGUGGAACACAAUAUCUUAGUAAAUUACUUAAUACUAUCCUUUUGGCUCACAUCAAAGAAAAGUUGCCUGAACUCCGGUCCAAGCUUAGUUCAUUGAUUAGCCAGACACAACAAGACUUAUCACAGUAUGGUGAACCUUCACUAGCUGCUGAGCCCAUACAUCAUGGAACCCUGAUCCUACGUAUGCUGACUCGUUUUGCCAACGCAUUUGUGGCUGCUAUUGACGGAACUUCCUCAGAAAUGUCAACUAAAGAACUCUGUGGUGGAGCGCGCAUUUAUUAUAUAUUCAACAACGUAUUUGGACAUGCACUGGAUGCUAUACGUCCUUGCGCAAACCUCACAAACAAUGAUAUCCGGACUGCAAUCCGUAACUCGACCGGUCCGCGACCAUCACUGUUUGUACCUGAGAUUGCAUUUGACUUGCUUGUGAAGCCACAGAUCAAGUUAUUGGAGACACCAAGCUUACGGUGUGUCGAGUUGGUGUAUGAAGAGUUGAUGAAAAUAUGCCACAAUUCAGAAGACAAGGAAAUGAUGCGAUACCCCAAGCUCCAGACAAGACUAAUCGAGGUCGUCUCAGAACUCCUGCAGGAGAGACUGAGCCCAACAUCUACUUAUGUAGAAAGCCUGAUUGCUAUUGAGAGGGCUUAUAUUAAUACCAACCAUCCUGAUUUUUUGGGUGCAGCAGGAGCCAUGUCGAGUGUAGAGCAUGAAACCCGCAAGAAGAAGAAAGUUGCCGAAAAGAAGCGGACUACCAGAGCAGAAUCGAUUUCUAGUGUUGGUCGUGAGGCAGAGGAUGAACGUGCUAUGAUGAUGAUGAAUGGUGGUUCUCCCCGGUCUGCGGAUUCUAAUAUGCAACAGGGCCAAAAAGACUCUUUCUUGACGUAUUUCUUUGGAGGUGCAAACAAGAACGACCGCCCUGCAUUGGGCCCUCAGGAGGUGAUGGAGAAUAGUCAUUAUGUACCCCCAAUGUCUGUCAAUUCUAUGAUGGAGUCUGAACUAGAGCGUAAACUGGAGCAGGCGUCGAUCCAGGGUGAUAUUGUGCCUGUAUCGGAUCGUGAGGAGUUGGAAGUGCAGCUUAUUCGUACGCUUAUUACCAAUUACUUUACCAUUGUGCGUAAGAAUGUUCAGGAUAUGGUUCCCAAGGCUGUGAUGCAUUUGCUGGUCAACCACUCGCGGGAGGCGGUGCAAAAUAGGUUGGUAACCUCGCUCUACAAACAAGAGCUCUUUCCCGAACUUCUUCAAGAAGAUGAAGGAAUGGCUGCAGAAAGGUCAAAAUGCAAGGCUCUCUUGGAUGUAUACAAACAGGCAUUUGAUAUUGUUAAUGGUGUACUUUAAACCAAAAGAAGAAGAGAACACAAAUAAAAUGACAAUAGAACAAAAAAAACCUCUCAUCAA